CUCGAAUCUGGAGUAAUGGGAUGAGAAAGCUCAGGUUUUUAUUUGUAAAACACGCUGCCGAGGUAGUCUUGACUCUAGGCUAGACUACAGUACACUGACACCGGGACCUCAAAAUGCAAAACCAGCCCCCGGAGGAAGAAGAUGGACCUCUUCCACUGUCGUCUUUGCUCCUUUUUGUUCCUCCACUGCGUCUGGCGUCUGCAGCUCUGUGGCAAGUUGUUCAGCGGAGAGACAUAAUGGACUAUGGCUUGGUGGAGGAGUUUGUCGCCACUGUGUUGGAGGUAGUUCCUGAUCUGAUGAGUUACAGAGAGCGAGUCCAACUCAUCAUGGGGCUGCGGGCACAGCUGGUUCUGGAGUUGUGUCGUACAGAUCAGCUAGUCGACCCCGAGACCAUCCAGCCACACCUGAACAGGAUGAGGACCUGUAUCAUCACUCUUAGUAAAAAUGAGACUCCUGAUCCAGAGGUGGAGGCAUUAAAAUCCAACUUCCUGAAGCUGAUUCAAAGCCUGCUGGAAGACCCAGUUAAGAGGGAACACUUUUUCCAGAAUGUUUUUCUAAAGGAAUUUGGACCCAAGUAUGACUCCACACUGCAGAGUCUGGUGUGGGACUUCCUUUCUAGGCUGGAGAAGCUGCUUCCGACACCAACCCUUCAUCAGACUGCAGCAUGGUUCCUACCGGACCACUCUGUUCUAGAGGAGUGCGUGCAGUCAGUGUGUCACCCUGAGCCAUUGAAGACCUUUCUCCAGUACCACAAGCCAUAUAGACAUCUGCACCACAAUGCUCUAUCUUCGGGUGACAACCACAGCUCGCUGUCACUCUCGCUCCUAGAAACAGUUGAGAUCUUUGAAACAGAGAUCAAAUCCGAUCCUAUGCAAGGGUUUAUGAACAUUCUAAGCUCUGCCUCAUCUGUCAACGAGUCAGAAAUGAACAGACAUUUUCACCAACCUCAAACUGACAGUAGGCUGAAAAUCCAAAGAAACCCUCACAGCAGCCAACCGGAAGUACAGGAGAGUUCUAGUUUGUCUACUUCCUGUCUGUUCCUUCAGCCCACAGUGCUGCUGCACAGACUUGACCUUGCUGAUAUGCCGUUACCUGUGUCCUCUCCAACAUUGAGUCCAACAUUGAGGAUAAAGAGUGUACCUCAGUAUUCUUUGACGCCUGACCCAUCCUAUACAAUGGGGAAAUCUAACAGAAGCAAGCGUGUCAAAAUGUGCUCCUUAUGUGGGAAGACUUUUAUUGAAGCAGAAGAUUUGAUGGCACACAUGAGAUCUCACACUGAGCAGAGUCCUUACCAGUCUUUUGAAGAGCUUAACAUGUCUACAUCUUUUGAGGAUGGGAUAGAGAUAUCCCAGCCCCAUGGCACUUCACCCCUGAGCCCAACAACUUCCGAAGUUUGUCCCACUCCAAGACAGUCCUCCAAGUCCAGACAGUCCUCCAAAUCCAGAACAUGUCACGUAUGUCACAAGACUUUCUAUACUGUAUAUUCAAUGAGAAAGCACAUGAUUUUCAAACAUGAUCAGCUCAUUUACCAGUGCCUUGACUGUGGAGAACAAUUCGAGAGAAAGUUUCAUUUGAGGGAACAUAAGGCAGAGUGCCAUCCCACUCUGUCAUCCAAAGCCAGAACAUGCCAUUUGUGUAACAAGACUUUCGGCGGCCCAUAUUUAAUGAGAAAACACCUAAAAUCCCAACAUGAUCAGCUCCCUUACCAGUGCCGCGAUUGUGGAGAACAUUUUAAGAGGAAAUGUCAUUUGAAGGAACAUACGAAAAACUGCCCCACAAUGUUUUCCUGCCUCAGCUGUGGAGAAAAGUUUGAGGAAAAAGGUGUCAUUUGAAGGAGCAUAAAAAAGAGUGCUUGGCAGUGAGAAAGCUCUUCUCUUGCUCUCUGUGCAAGAAGACCUUCAUUGAAGCAAGGGGGUUGACCGCACACAUGAGCUCUCACGAGAAAAGGUCUAAUUUGAAAGAACCUAAAGUGUGCUUAGCUGCAAAGAGGCGCCACCUUUGCUCGAUGUGUAAUGAAACAUUCAUUAAAGGACACGAUUUGAAAGCACCCUGGAGAUCAUGCACUUACCAGUGCACCCAGUGUUUGCAAAGCUUUGAACAUCAGGAGAACUUAGAGAAACAUCUGCAGAAUGCUCGUGAGGAGGCAGCUCAACUGGAAGAGGUUAACACGUUUACACCAUCUUUUGAGGAGGAGAUGGAGACAUCCCAGCCCCACAACACUUCCAAUGUUGGUCGCAAUCAAAGAUACUCUUUCAGAGCCAGAACAUGCCGUCUGUGUCACAAGACUUUCAACAGUAUAGCUUUAAUGCGAACGCACCUGAAUUCCAAACAUGCUCAGCUCCCUUACCAGUGCCUCUGAUGUGGAGAGAAUUUCAAGAGGAAGAUUAAUUUGAAAGCACAUAGGAAAGAGCGCCAUCCCACUCCAAGUCUCCAACCCAAGGAGUCCGUCAAAGCCAGAACAUGCCGCUUGUGUCACAAUACUUUUGACAGUACAUUUUUUAUGAGAAAGCACCUCAAAUCCCAGCAUGGCCAGCUCCCUUACCAGUGCCUGGGCUGUGGAGGAAAUUUCAUAAAGAACUCUCAUUUGAGGGAGCAUAAAAAAAAGUGCUUUCAGAGACCACAGCAAGACUUGAUGGAGUCAAAUGAGGGAGUCGAUCCAAACCAGCACCAAAGGGAUGUUGAUCCAGCAGAUAGCAGCAGCUCUCUGGCAACAAGGGAGAGUGAGACAGAGAUUCCACAGUCCCACAGCUCUUUAAACCUUAUAAACUCCGAUACAUCCCCCACUCAGAAACCCUAUCUUUGUGAAAUAUGUGGUAAGGAUUUCCUGAUGCUGUUUCGAAUGAAAGAACAUAUGAGAGCACACACAGGAGAGCGCCCUUUCCCUUGCCGAGACUGUGGCAAAGGUUUUAGCAGAAGGCGGAGUCUGAAACGCCAUCGAUUGAUUCAUACAGAAGAUCGGCCAUUCCUUUGCACAGACUGCGGCAAAAGUUUUUCUACAGAGGCCAGUCUGAAAUCCCAUCGACUGAUUCAUACAGGAGAACGGCCAUUUGCAUGCACUUUAUGCAAGUUGCGCUAUCUCACAAAAAACACCUGCAAAGACAUAUGAAAAAACAUUGUUUUAAAACAAAACAUUUUAACGGUGUGUAUGAUGUGCAAAAGCUUUUUUUUACAGUGAGUAGUCAGUUGAGUCCAGCUGUUGUGUGUACAUUUUCCUAUUUAAGUAACCCAGCCUGAGACCUGAAGACUUGGUUUUACAAGGUGAUGGGCAGGCUUAAGCUCAGCAGGCUAACACAGUCUUGUGGUGCACAGGAGACCUGGUCUCGAAUCCAGUAAGUAACACCAGCAACCCCUUCUCACCAAAUGUUUCUACUGAAUUUACUUUUAGUACUGCAAAUGACUUUUACUUUGACUCAUUAUUAUGAUGAAAGUGUCGUUUUAGAUUGUAUUCCUCGUGGAGAAUUGAUAACAUGACUGCCUCAGGUGUAUAUGUGUUCAUCCUGUGCUACAAAUCAAUUACGCAUCUUCUGUGUUUUAUUAGUCAUGCCACAUGUAAUUUUUAGUGGUGUAAAGUACUUAAGUAUUACUUUAAAGUAUUUUUACUUAAGUCUUUUUUGGGUAUCUGUACUUUACUAUUUAUAUUUUUUAGCACUUUUAUUUCACUACAUUCCGAAAGAAAAUAAUGUACUUUUUACUCCAUACAUUUGCCCUGACACCCAAAAGCACUCGUUACAUUUUGAAUGCUUAACAGGACAGGAAAAUGCCCCAAUUUACACACUUAUCAAGAGAACAUCCCACCUGCCUAUGAACUGGCGGACUCGCUAAACACAAAUGCUUCAUUUGUAAAUUAUGUUCGAGUGUGCCCCUGGCUAUGCGUAAAAUAAAUAUCCAAGAAAUUCGUGCCGUCUGGUUUGUUAACAUAAGGAAUUUUAAAUGAUUUUUACUUUCUUGAUACUUAAUUAUAUUUUAACAAUUACAUUUACCUUUGACACUUAAGUAUAUUUAAAACCAAAUACUUUUUGACUUUUACCCAAGUAGUAUUUUAUUGGGUGACUUUCACUUUUACUUGAGUCAUUUUCUAUUAAGGUACCUUUACCUUUACUCAAGAAUGACAAUUGUGUAUUUUGUCCACCACUGGUAGUUUUCUCUUGACUUGAAUGUAUUUACAUGCAGAGAUUUUUUUUUUUUUUAAUUACUAUUUCAGUAAAUGUACUUCUCAGUAGUUUAGCCUUCAGCAACCCAUUGUGAAUAGAAUUUACAAACUGCAAUAUGUGGUGAAGAUUAAACAUAACACAAGAAACC